AUGUACGACAUCAUCUUGCGCCUGAGACUGGAUGAAGGGGUGCGCGUGGUUAACUUCGCGGAUGACAUUGCCGUGGUCGCCGUGGCAGGGACGACGUACGAGGUCGAGGAUCUUUUCCGCUGCGCCAUCGCAAGGGUACGCGACGCGCUGUGGGGGCUGGGCCUCGAGACGGCAGACCAUAAGACGGAGGCCAUGCUAAUAUCAAGGACGAGGAGGUUGGAGACCAUCACCAUUGAGGUUGGCAACUGCUUCAUUGCCUCCUCUCCUUGCAUCCGCUACCUUGGCCUACAAUUGGACGUGAGGUUGACAUACAACGACCACCUCAGAGCGGCCAGUGUGAAGGCUUCGAAGGUGGCGGGAGCCCUCUCGCAGAUCAUGCUAAUCAUCGGUGGCCCCAGGAGCAGCUCUACGCCAGGGCGGCUCUACGCCAACGUCAUCGACUCAAUCCUCUUCUACGGCGCCCCCAUCUGGAGUCUCGGUUUCCGGAACACAGAUAAAUUGGUUUGCAAUGGUAAUAUCGAUUGUGCCAACGGUGAAGAUGAACGUACGUGCUCUCAUGCAACAGUCGACUGUUCAUCAUUAAAUAAGUUUAAAUGCUCAGAAGGAUCAUGUGUACAUUGGAAUCAUACUUGUGAUAAAUAUCCACAUUGCAUUGGCUGGGAAGAUGAAGAUGAACGACUAUGUAAAGUUAACGAGUGUUUGGAAAAUAAUGGAAAUUGUAUGCAAGAAUGCAUUGAUCUUCCAAUAGGAUACAAAUGUCUUUGUCGUAAAGGAUUUGAAAUGAUUCAAAAAACAAGGUGUAUUGGUCUUAUCGAAGUCGUCGAUGGGAUGCGUAAUGUUACCACGGGGGGUAGUCCAUUCGAACCUUGUCGAUCCGCGCAUCAUUGCGAGAGCUGUAGAUCAUCGGAAUGGCUCAAAUUCCCUCACUGGAAGCGUUUGACUGCAAUGGAGAUAUUGCGUCGGUGGGUUUACGCUGGGAAAAAUGGAAUGUACCUUAUCGCAGCAAACAUUGUGGAUCCCGAGAGACAAAGAGCAACGUUGCUACAUAUGGGUGGCCUAUCGCUGCAAGAGAUUUUCUACAACACACCAGGAGCUGAAGUGACUGGUGCUGAGCUUUACAAAACAGCGCUUGAAAAGCUGGAUGAAUACUUCACUCCAAAGCAGAGUAAAGUGUAUGAGAGACAUUUGUUUAGAUCUAUAAAGCAAGAAGCGGACGAGAAAUUUGAAAAAUUUGUUGUGAGACUGCGUCACCAAGCAGCUAAGUGUAAGUUCAACAAAAUUGAAGAUGAUCUGAUAGAUCAAAUUGUGGAAAAAUGUGCGUCAAAUGAUUUGAGAAAAAAGAUUUCAACAAUGGGAGAUGACGUGACACUUGAAAAAAUUAUAGCAGAAGCUAACGCAUGGGAAGCUGUUCAGAGGCAGCUCAUGAAUUAUGAUCCAAAUAAACUUUUAAAGCAUCAAAGCGACUAUGAAAUGUGUGCUGCUAGAGAUAAAAAGUAUUUGAAGUGUGGAUUUUUAGGGCAUUUUCGUUCACAAUGCCGAACCAAAGCAACAAAAAGGAAAUCUGAUGUACCAUCCUACAAUGAUAAAAGAAAACAAUUUAAAACUAAGGAUCAAGAAAGUGUAGACUAUAUAUUCAAUAUAAAUGACGAUGAUGAAGUCAUAAUCUGUAACAUUGGAGGUGUAAACACCGAAAUGAUAAUUGACUCAGGAAGCAAAUGCAAUACUUUGAGCGAUACAGCGUGGGAAAAUCUUAAACAAAACAAAGUUAAAUUAUUGUGUCAAACAAAAACUCCAGAUAGGAAAUUCAUGGCAUAUGCAGGCCAGAAAGUACUGACUAUACUUGGCUCAUAUGAAGCAAUCAUUGAAGUUAACAAUGUAACGAGUAAAGUGACAUUCUACGUAGCAAAAGAUGGACCAAGAAAUCUAUUGGGUAAGGUGACAGCAAAGAAUAUGGGAGUACUCCGUGUAGGGUUGAAUGCAACUGCCAACGACAGAGUAGCAACACCUGUAAAUGAAAUCAAGGAAUAUGAUGGAAAAGUCUUCCCAAAAAUAAAAGGUGUCAAACUUAUUAUACCUAUCGAUUCAUCAAUAAAGCCUAUAAAUCAGUCAUAUUGCAGAAUACCCAUACCUUUAGAAAAAAAAGUGAAUGAAAAAAUCAAAGAGUUGAAAGAAGCUGACAUAAUUGAAGCUUUAGACAAACCAUCCGAUUGGGUUUCGCCGAUGGUACCAGUUCAAAAGAGUAAUGGUGAGGUCAUAAUCUGCAUAGACAUGAGGCGUGCAAAUGAGGCAAUCAUUCGUGAGAAUCAUCCGUUACCAACAAUGGAUCAACUUUUGGCCAAAUUUAGUAAAGCGAGUGUUUUUUCAAAACUCGACAUAAAAAAUGCAUUUCAUCAAGUUGAAUUGAGUGAAGAAUGCCGCUAUAUAACAACGUUCAUCACGAGUACAGGCCUGCAUCAGUAUAAACGCUUAAUGUUUGGGAUAUCCUGCGCACCAGAGUGUUUUCAAAAAAUUCUGGAACGAAUUCUGUUGCCAUGUGAAGGAGUCACGAAUUUCAUUGACGAUAUAAUCGUUUUUGGUUCAAACUUGGAUGAACAUAAUCUGCGACUCAGGAAAUUAUUAGUUGUUCUGGAAGAAAACAAUAUACCUUUGAACAAAGCUAAAUGCAUUUAUGGAGUUACACAGGUGCAGUUUUUAGGACAUGAACUGUCAUCAAAGGGUAUAAAACCAAUGGACAAGUACACUACUGCGAUAGCCAGUUUUAGAUCGCCGUCGACAAUCGAAGAGCUUCAAAGUUUUAUUGGAUUAGCGACAUACCUGGGCAAGUGGAUACCAAAAUUUUCAACACUUACUGAUCCGUUGCGUCAACUACUAAAACUAAAAUUUGGAAAAUCAGCAAGUAUAAAACAACACUGGACCACUGACAAGCAGCAGGCUUUUCAGCAGCUGAAAGAUGAGUUGACAAAUAUUCGGACACUUGGAUAUUACAAUCCCGAAGACAAAACUCAAGUCAUCGCCGAUGCGAGUCCAGUGGGACUCGGAGCUAUUCUCAUUCAAAUUGACAACAACGGGCCGCGUGCUAUUGCUUACGGAAGUAAGAGCCUUACAGAUUGUGAAAAAAGAUACUGUCAGACCGAAAAAGAGGCACUCGCACUGGUGUGGGCGGUCGAACAUUUCGAUAUAUACUUACGAGGUAAAGAUUCGUUCGACUUGAUCAGCGAUCAUAAGCCACUUGAGGUAAUUUUUGGACGGAAAUCAAAACCAUGCGCAAGAAUCGAAAGAUGGGUCCUGAGACUGCAAUCAUAUAAUUUCAGAAUAAAAUACAAACCUGGAAAAACCAAUAUUGCAGAUCCGUUGUCUAGGCUGUGUUUGAAUGCAAAUACAGUACCGUUCGAAAUGACUAAUUACGUUAAUCUUAUUGUAGGAAGCUCAUGCCCAACAGCUUUAUCGCUAGCCGAAAUCAAGCAAGCUAGUAAAACCGAUAAAGAAAUAAAUUUAGUCAGAGAAGGUCUAUACAACAACCAUUGGAUUCAGGAUGUUAACAGCUACAGGAUUUUUGAGUCAGAGCUCUGUUUUGAAGAUAAAAUUCUACUUCGCGGACACAAAAUUGUUAUCCCAGAGGCAUUGCGAUCCAGAGUUUUGGAAGCAGCACAUGAAGGGCACCCAGGAAUUGUGUCAAUGAAAGCUCGACUGCGCACCAAAGUAUGGUGGCCUAAAAUUGACCGAGACGCCGAAAAUUUUGUCAAGUGUUGCAAGGGAUGCACUUUAGUAUCAGCUCCAAAUUUACCACACCCAAUGAAGAGACGUUCAUUACCAACAAAAGCGUGGACUGAAGUAGCAAUCGACUAUUUGGGACCAUUGCCUAGCAAACACUACCUAUUCGUGAUUGUCGAUUAUUUCAGUAGAUACAAAGAAAUCAAAGUGAUGACAAGCAUCACAGCCAGCGAAACCAUUAAGGUAUUGAAAGAGAUCUUUUCUAGACUAGGAAAACCUUGGUCUAUAACUGCAGAUAAUGCAAAGCAGCUCAAAGACUGCAGAGAAUUUGAUGCAUUUUGUCUAGAAUAUGAUAUACAUCUGGAGCACACAAUUCCCUACUGGCCACAAAUGAAUGGCGUGGUAGAAAGGCAGAAUCGUGAUAUACUGAAAAGACUAAAAAUUAAUCAACUUCAAAAAACUGACUGGAAAGACGACUUGUUUAAAUAUUUAAUGAUGUAUAAUAGUACACCUCACUCUACAACAGGAAAAUCGCCGUCAGAGAUGUUUUACAACAGGUUAUUUCGAGAUAAACUACCAUCAGCUAUGAAUAUUGAAAAUGAUCGUGUAAUGGUAAAAGAAGGAGAUGUCAGAGUACAAAAUGACGAGAAAGGAUUGCAGCAAAGAAGGAAUGUUGUUCAUCUCAAAAAAGUAGAAGGAAAAUGGACUGUGUGUGAGAAAGAAAACCAAGAAAAUCAAAAUUAA